UCCCGGAAGUCAACACAUAGUCAACACAGUUUUAAACAAACAGCUAUGGCAGACAUGCUGGCUGAAAAUGAGCUGGUUACAUUGCGAAACAGGUUUAAAAGAGAUGCCGAACUCAUUUUACAAGCAGUGUCCGAAGAAGACGAGAAGACAGGUAAGAAGGAAUCAGAAUCAAAACCCCUCCCUCGUAUCAACCGCCACUCAGUCUUCUGGAUCUUGGCCUCUGUGGGUUUGACCUAUUAUGUAGACUUCUUCCCCAUCAUCCUAGAAAACAAUGACAUUAAAAGUUGGUGGUUUACUGUGGGUUUGGUGCUCCUGGCGGUAUGCGUGAGCCUGGCAGCAUUCUGUAUCGUCUAUCUUGAGUGGUUCAGAGGGAUCAAACAGUAUGAUCAGGAAUAUCCUGCUAUCCCACCAAUCACCACGGCAGCCUUCAUCGCUGCCUCCUGCAGUUUUAACAUUGCACUGUGGCCGGUGUGGUCAUUCCUGACACCAGUGAUUCUCUUCACUCAGUUCAUGGGUGUGGUGAUGGUGAUCUCCCUUCUGGGAUAAGACAACUGCACUCCACCAGCAUCUGUGAUCUUCUAGGGUGUUGAACACGGUCUAGUCUGUAUGCACUAAAAUAUGUUUAAUAGUACUAGAGUCAUACCAACAGUGUCAGUCUUUUUACAUUUUUGUUAUUGUAAAUUAUUUUAUAUGAAUGUGUCUCAAACAGUGACCAAUGUAACUGUAAUAAAAUGUUUAUGGAAAUUGCUAUUGUACUGAUGCUUCAAAUAAAACGAUUUUAACAA